AUGGUAAAAGAAAGCAGUGCAUGGCUUUACAAGAACGAGGUGGAGUUAAAUUCUUAUGGGAAAGAGAGAGAUAGUUCUUUUAGUAAUGGUGGUCACGGGGAGGAGAGUGGACCUGGGAACGUGUUUCUGGUGGCGGCAGGACCAGGGGAUCCUGAGUUUUUGACAUUGAAGGCUGUGAAAGUGAUACGGACACUGACCUUUUGUUGUAUGAUAGUUGAGCUUUUGGUGACUUCAUAUCAUCGUGUGUUAAAGGUAUUUGGGAUGGGUGGAAAAGAGAUGGAUUUUCUGCAACAAAAAGGAAUUCAAGUUAAAGUUAUUCCAGAGCCACAGGAUCUUGCUGAUAAAGUUGUGCGGGAAGAGUUAGUUUCACCAACAUUGAUAAUCAUCGGGAAGGUGGUUGCACUCUCACCAUUGUGGCCACUUUCUUUUAAAGAAGAGCAUCCUAGAUUCAAUUCAAUCAAUUUAGUCUAUGCGACUGAGCUUCUGCUGUAUUGGAAACCACUUCUGAAUCGGUUGCUUAUUAUGAUGGUUUCGAUUCAUAAGAAGGGGAAUGAACGUGCUAAAGGUUCUUGCUCUGUGCUUCAUUUGACCGGCUUGGUUUCAAAUUCGAAGCAGAGCACCAUGAUGUACGUCUGUAGAGAGCAAGCUUUUGGACUCUUUAAGUCUUACCUUCAUUGCGAUUGGAUUGAUCUGAGGGGAAGGGAUGCUCUAUUAGCUCUGCUGGAACACCCCAAGUUGGUAUCUGCCUCAAAUUCGUUCAAGGCUAUGCAGGAGGUGACGUUCUCAGCAUCUAAGGAGUCUGCUUUGCAGGGUCGAUGGGUUUAUAUCUUCCAAAGAGAAUUUGCAACAGUUGACCCUGCACGUAUAGAUGAUGGAUGGAUACUGUAUCUCAGGCUGUCUUUUGCUAUUGCCCCUAGUUUAGCUUAUAAUUUUGUUGGCACCGAUGAAGCAACUACUUGUGUGGGCCUCGUUAUUCGCAACCAGAGAAAUGGAAUGACUUCAGUUGCCCAUAUGGAUUCUACAAAAGUUGUUGAUAUUGGCCUCACACAAAUGUUGUCACUUGUUGCUGACCAAAAUUUUGAUGUUGACUUGGAUGUACAUUUGAUUGGUGGCUUUGAAGAUGUCUUACCUAAACAAGCUAACGACUCCACUAGGUCUAAAACCCAGUCCAAAGUGAAUGGUUAUUCCUUUCCUUUGUGUACCAAAAUAAUUGAAACUCUGGGGAAGAGACAGGAGAAGUUUCACAUUCAAACUCUCUUUGUCCUUGAGCAUAACACCAAAAGGGAUUCUCGAGGAAAUGCAUACCCAGUCUUCAAUGGGUUCCUGGUAAAAACAUCCUCUGGAUCCAUCAUCCCGGCCAGUUUUGAUAGAACUAUGAGAUGCCCAGAUGAAAUUGUCAGAAGAAUUCGAGUCACUGCAUCCUAUGAAGACCCCUAUUGGAACGGAAAGUUGCUGGAGACCUAUGAUACUCAAACUGAUCGAUUUGUUAUUGCUCCAUGCUCUUGGACACUUUGGCAAGUACAUGCUGCUUUGACACUGGAAAAUUUUUCUGAUGAAGAGAUCCUCCUUCACUGCUCUACGUCGCCUUCUGCUGAGGGUCUGGAUUUCGUGGAUAAUUUAAGAAGGCAGUGGGACUAUUUGAUUAAAAAACCAGACUGGAAUUUGACUUUCCCUCUGAGGCGUCCACGCGUGUUUGAAUGGACCACUGAUGGAUCCUGGAAAAGAUGCUUAUUUUCACCACAGGGUUCUUGGAAUGAAGCUCGAGAUAUCUCCAUUGGCUCAUCAGAUCGUUCUGCUCUCUAG